AUGUCCGCAAAUGCAAGCACAAGCGCAAGCGGGAAAGUAGACCCAAGCAAAACAAGCAGCACAAGCAGUGGCGCCAACGGCCAUGCGACCGAGUCCGGAGAUGCUGUGACGCUGCCCGUCAGGACAGACAGCAGCAAGUCCAGCCUGCCACCGCCAGGGCAGACGCUCACCGGCAAGCAGGAACAUUAUCUGAAGAGAGAGCUCAUCUCGGAGCAGGUGCGCUGGGAGAUCAGCGAGCUCAACUCGCCCACUGCCCUCCGGCGGUUUGGCGCGCCUUUCAAGUCCGACCUGGGCGAGGUCACCCCGUACGACUCCGAGUUACCGAUCCUGCGAUUCAUCUUCGUCCACCAUGUCCGCGAAUUUCCGUUCCUCGACAAGGCCAGGGAGAAGGAGUUCUGGCAGGACAAGCUACAGGUCUUUUUGGAGUCCUUUGCGAGCAAGAACAUAUCAUCCUCAGAGGACCGUCUCGAGGAGACUAAGCGUCGCAAACUAGCCCUCAAGAGCCAGAAGCUUGUGGAGCUGAUGAUGGUUUCGGGCAUCCCCACCUCGUCUGGGUUUGAGGAGAGGAUCCGCUUCUCUGAGAUGGAGGUCGUGGAUAGGGACGCCAUCGACACCGGGGUUCUUCAUACGCAGCCCGAGGGUAAUUACAUCAAUGGUUGGGACGUGAACAUGGCCGGUGUGCGCGUGACGAAAGUCCGGGGGAACAUCAGGUCUCAUAAGCACGCUGAAUUCCUGCUACGCGUCAAGAAGAAGGGAGAUUUGGAGUACUUCAUUGGCCGCCGCUAUGGCGACUUCAGUCGCCUCCACAAGAACCUGCGUAUCGAACUGCCAGGCAAGGUCCUACCACCAUUGCCCAAGAAGAACAAGUCCAGCUCCACCACUGCUGGCAUUUUCGGCUCGGGCGGCGGCGAUUCGGACGACGACUCUGUCUCGUCGGCGUCUACUCAAAGAACAGGUCUCGCCCCCAAUAACGGAGAAGAUCCCAGCAACAAGAGACUAUCAGUGAGAGACGCCCUGGGUCAUAAGAGAAAAGGUUCCGCCGCCUCGUCGAUCAGGGGGUCACCUAGGCCAUCGAUGGAUGACAGACCCGUAACACCCCUCAGCCCAGGGAAGACAGAUAAUGUUGUUCUGUUUCGGGAGAGCCAACGGAUAUCGCUCAGGUCUUUCUUGCGCUCACUUUUGCAGAAUCAGCAGAUUGCGCAGACCAAGGCUAUGCAAGAAUUCCUAACCAAGGAUCCCAUCAAACUCAGCGAUGAAGACGUGGUGGACAUCAUGAGGCGCAAGGCAGUAGAUGCGAAGCGCAUGGACGAGCAGAAACAAUUCUAUGAGAUCGCAAGAAAGCGUGCGGCCGAGCUGGACAUCUACAUGGAACAGUUCCGCCAAGAAAUCGUGGACGCCAACGGUCUCACGAAAUUGUUCCAGGAGAUUAAGGAUAAAGAGACGAUCCAGGACCUGAGCAUUCAGUACCAGAAGUUCGCCGAGUGGCUGCGGAUAGAAGUCGCAGCUACAAUCUAUCACUUGUUCUUGGCAGAAGACAACUCCCCGGAAUUGUUCACGCAGGCGAAGAGGAUACAUUCUCUCAUCCCCUACACGAUCAUCAAAAACAUCAUCCGGAUAGCAAAUCCCGCGGCAGUAAUGUCGAGCAUCUUGGAUGUGUUCCUCGCCCAGCCAUUCGGAGCCAAAUCACUGAUGCAGAGGAUAUUCUCCCUCGCGUUGCACGAUGGCAUCAAGAGCUUCCAAAAGUCCAUAGAUGCAGUGGCAGCAAACAUUGGCGAUGACGUCUUCGUCGAGAAGCUCAAGAAGUACACUGACCUCGAAGAUCACCUCAAGAUCGCCAUCCGCGAGGAGGCCGCAAGUGAGGAUGUCGACCUGGUCGUUGCUGUCCUGAGAUCAGACCUCAUCGAACCGGGCCUUACAGGCGAGCAGAUCCAACGACUAUACAAUGCCUACGUUGCGUUCAACAGUGCGGUCGAGAACGUUGACGAAGAGCUCAAGCAGGGCGCACAACUGUUCUCGUACCUCAAGACGCUCAUGAAACUAUACACUAGGCAGCGGGACAAGGAGAUGAUGUUGCAUCUUAUCGAAGAGCCUGUAACGCUGCAGUUGUUCCGGGACCUGUUCACAAUCUUCUACGAGCCUCUCGUCCGGGUGUAUAAAUCUGCAAAUGUCUACAGUAGUGUAACGGACUUUGCGGUCUUUAUGGAUGACAUGAUACAGGUGGUCGAGAAGUGCCGUGAGCAAGACGCUUCGGCAGAUCCAAAUCAGACCGUGCAAGCUUUCAUCGACCUUUGCCAGAGGCAUGAGCACAAUUUUUACAAGUUUGUGCAUGAAGUACAUGUUCACGACAACGGCCUGUUCACACAAUUGAUGGGGUGGAUUGAGGGUAUACUGGAAUUCCUCCGCAAGGGACCCCACAACGGCGCCCUAGAUAUCAAUGCCCUCUUCGAAGGAGCUAGCAGCAACAAGACCAUAGACAAGGAAGCCGCCAUCAAGGAGAUCAACGCGCUUAUCGCGUGGCAGGAGGCACGGAAGAAGUGGCACCAAGACAAGACGCGACAAAAGAUGGCUGCCGACGGCGGCCACGGCCAGCUGGACAUUAUUCCGGGCGGCAUGAACUUCACCAGCGCCGACUUUGGGCUCGACCAGAUGGACCUGGAGGACAUGGGGUACGACGACGACGACUCGGAGGACGAGGCCGAGGAGGAAGCACAGGACGAGCUGGACCCGAUCGAGGCGGAGCGAAGGAGGCGCGCCAAGAGGCAGGACCGGCUGCGGCGGACCGCCGGGGAGCCGGAGAAGCCGGCCGUGAGCGAGGUGCACAAGCUCAAGGAGAACUUCCUGGUCAUGCUAAGGCAGACGCUGGCGGAGUAG